AUGCAGCCACCUCUGGGGUAUUCUGUUCUUGAUGGCAUGGUUUGCCGGUUGCGUCGAUCUCUUUACGGCCUCAAGCAGGCCCCUCGGGCCUGGUUUGAGCACUUCUCAUCUGUUAUCACUGAUGCUGGCUUUAACCCCAGUGAUCACGAUCAUGCCCUCUUUGUUCACACUUCGUCUCGUGGCCGCACACUUCUUCUUCUCUAUGUUGAUGACAUGAUCAUCACCGGUGAUGACUCUCAGUUCAUUGACUUUGUGAAGAUGCGCCUCAGUGAUAAGUUCUUGAUGUCUGAUCUUGGUCCUCUUCAUUACUUUCUUGGUCUUGAGGUCUCUUCCACUCCUAAGGGCAUCUACCUCUCCCAGGAGAAGUAUGUUCAGGAUCUUCUCUCCCAUGCCGCUCUCACAGAUCACCGUACUGUUGAUACACCCAUGGAGCUGGGUGUUCACUUGCGCGCCACAGAUGGUGAACCCCUUGCUGAUCCGACUCGCUAUCGUCAUCUUGUUGGUAGUCUUGUCUAUCUUGGGAUCACUCGUCCUGACAUCUCUCAUGCUGUCCAUAUACUGAGUCAGUUUGUCUCUGCUCCCACCCAGCUCCACUACGCCCACCGUCUUCGUGUUCUUCGAUAUCUUUGCGGCACCACUUCUCGCCGGUUGUUCUUUUCUCGCUCUAGCCCUCUCCACCUUCAGGCGUACUCUGAUGAGACCUGGGCUAGUGACCACUCUGAUCGUCGUUCUCUCUCUGCCUAUUGUGUCUUCCUUGGAUCAUCCUUGAUUGCUUGGAAAACCAAGAAGCAGACCGCAGUUUUCUGUUCGAGUGCUGAGGUUGAGUUGAGGGCUAUGGCGACCGUGACAGCUGAGGUCACCUAG